AUGCGGACGUGCCCCAACCGCACUGGCUUUGUCUUCCCUAUAGCUGUGGUGUGGAGAAGCCACUCUGGUGGACUAAGAAACAGCAAGCACGAGUCUACUCUUUCAUCCCAAGAAUAUGUCCACGAGCUGCGUUCCGGUAUCACUGAGGAAAAGAUGCUUAAUUGCCUGGAGUCCCUUAGAGUGUCUCUCACUAGUAAUCCUGUCAGCUGGGUGAACAACUUUGGUCACGAGGGGCUUGGUCUUCUUCUGGAUGCCUUGGAGAAACUUUUGGACAAGAAACAACAAGAACCAAUUGAUAAACGGAACCAGCACAAACUGAUCCAGUGCUUGAAGGCUUUUAUGAACAAUAAGUAUGGGCUCCAAAGGAUCCUUGGAGAUGAGCGCAGUCUGCUGCUGCUGGCCCGAGCCAUUGACCCAAAACAGACUCACAUGAUGACCGAGAUUGUCAAAAUCCUCUCAGCGUUCUGUAUCAUUGGAGAGGAAAAUAUCUUGGAUAAGAUUCUAGCUGCCAUGACGAUUGCUGCAGAGAGGAACAAUAAAGAGAGAUUUGCCCCCAUUGUUGAAGGGCUGGAAAACCAUGAGGCCCAACAGCUUCAGGUCGCCUGUAUGCAGUUGAUCAAUGCUCUGGUUACUUCUCCCGAUGACCUUGAUUUCCGGAUACAUUUACGCAAUGAGUUCCUGAGAUGUGGCCUCAAGAAAAUCCUUCCUGAGCUGAAAGAAACAGAGGAACUGGACAUUCAACUGAAGGUUUUCAAUGAAAACAAGGAGGAGGACUCUAUUGAGCUUUCUCAUCGGCUCGAUGACAUCCGCGCAGAGAUGGAUGAUAUGGACGAAGUGUAUCAUCUCUUGUCCAAUAUGGUGAAAGAUACGGCCUCAGACACGUACUUCCUAUCCAUUCUUCAGCACCUGCUACUCAUCAGAAAUGACUACUACAUCAGGCCUCAAUAUUACAAGGUUAUUGAAGAAUGCGUAUCUCAGGUAGUCUUACAUCGGAGUGGGAUGGAUCCUGAUUUUGGCUACAGCAAACGGCUAGAUGUUGACUUCACUCAUUUGAUCGAUCAGUGCGUGGAUAAAGCCCGGGUAGAAGAGAGCGAGCAGAAAGCUGACGAGUACUCAAAAAAGUUUGAUGAGGAGUUCAGUGCACGGCAGGAGGCUCAGGCCGAUUGUCAAAAGAAGGAAGAGAAAAUCAAAGAGUUGGAAGGAAAGAUCCAAACCCUGGAGUCUCAGGUUGCAGCUGGUCCGGCGGCUGGAGGAGUUCCACCACCUCCUCUGGUCCCAGGUGGUGCUCCUCCACCCCCACCUCCCCCCCCUCCUCUGCCUGGUGGCUGUCCUCCUCCCCCUCCUCCUCCUCCACCUCCACCAGGACAUGCAGGCAUCCCCCCUCCUCCACCACCUCCUCCACCACCUGGAGGAGGACCCCCACCACCUCCCCCACCUCCUGGCUGUGGACCCCCACCUCCCCCACCCUUUUUUGGGGGUCCUGGUGGGCCUCCACCUCCACCUGCGCUGCCAGUGAUCAAACUGCCUUAUGGACUGGAGCCCAAGAAGGUGUAUAAGCCAGAAAGUGUAAUGAAGAGAGUCAAUUGGACAAAGAUAGUGCCUCAGGAAAUGGCAGAGAAUUGCUUCUGGAUCAAAGUCAAAGAAGAGAAGUUUGAGAAUCCUGACCUAUUUGCUCAGCUCUCCCUGUGCUUCUCUUCACACAGCAAAGUUAAAAAGGACACAAAGGAUGAAACCGACGACAGAAUGCAACAGUUCAAGAAAAAGGCUAAAGAGCUUCGGAUCUUGGAUGUCAAAACUGCACAGAAUCUUUCUAUUUUCUUGGGCUCAUUUCGUCUGCCGUAUGAAGAGAUCAGGGACAUUGUGCUGGCGGUGGAUGAGGAGCGGCUCAGCGAAUCACUCAUCCAGCGCUCGCUGCAGCCAUGGGCGGAGAUGCAGUCCGUCCGGGUUGUGGCGGGGGAGCGACAGAGACUGCAUGCUGCUUGA